AUGCCAAUGUGGCAAGCUAUCACUGACCCCGUUCUCGCUCUAUCGGGCGGUCUCGCAAACGAAGAACAAACUCGCCGCAAAGUAGCCCGUGAAAUGGCGAUCAAGAACGGAGAAGACCCAGACGCGCUCGACAAGAAAAACCAAGGUCCCCGCAGAAUAGGCCAAUGGCUUUGGCUAAAACCGGAAUGUGUGCAAGAAUACAAGAAAUGCCAUGCGGAAGUCUGGCCGGAGGUGCUGGAGCAGAUUAAGGACUCGAAUAUCAAGGACUACUCGAUAUACAUGAACCUCUUCCCCCGCCCCAUGCUCUUCGCAUCCUUCAAAUACGUCGGCGAGAAUUUCGACGAAGACAUGGCGCGCAUGGCGGAGAACAAGGUCGUGCAGAAAUGGUGGAAGAUGACGGAUAAGAUGCAAGAGAGCCCUGUGAAGGGUGCGAAAGGUAGCGCGACGGGGCCGGGGUGGUGGGGACAGACGGAGGAGGUGUUCUAUGUCGAGUAG